AUGUGGUCGGUCGCUCUAUUGUUUAUUCCAUCUUAUGAAGUAAGUUUUGUGUAUUAAGUCGAUUUUGAGCGGAAAAAUGUCUUUGAGGCGGUCAGUGGAACGGCGAUUCUGAAGUCUGAGGCGUGGCCUGACGUCGUCGCGCGCCAGUUCUUCUUCGGCUUUCUCGUCGCCUUUUUCACCUUUGUCGGCCUCGCGCAUAUCUACGCAGCGGUCAUUUUUUUAAAAAUCUUUUCACGUUUUAACUUUACUGGGAACAGCUCUAUGAAUUUUCUCAGGACAAAUUCUCACAUAAGAAAGAGAAAAAAGACAAUGUUGCAAAGAUUUUUGCGUGUUAAUGAUUGAAAAAAAGUUCGAUGAUUGUUGUAGGCUUUGAAUACGAUAAAGCGAACCCUUCUACUUUCCCACUGAAGUUCUUUAGAAAAAAAUACUGUUUUGCAUCAUAAUGUUUUUUCAAAGGAUCAAUGCAUUCUAAGGGUUGGGUUAGCAGUUUUCCGAAACUGUUGCAUUCUUCUAUUUUUUUUCUCAGUACAAAAGUAAAAUGUUUUCUUUUUCGUAAUCAAAACAUAGCAGCAUUGUCGAACUUUUUUCAUCCAUGCUAUCAUAGGCAAAGGCGGAAAGGGUUCAAAAAGGCUCGAAAUUUUUCUUUUAGGGUUCCUUUUUGCACCAUUUCAUCGGCUCUUAUGCACCAUUUUUUCUGCCUCUACCUUUUUCCACCAUUUCUUGAGCCUCUGAAAUCCCAUAAAAAAUGGAAGGCUCAAUAGAGGGACUCCUUUUGCUGCCGUUCUGCGGCUUUUUUUAGCCUUUUUGCGGCCAUUAUAAACCCUUCCGACUUUGCCCGAGUACGGACGCUCUAAAAUUUCCGUAAAUUGCUGCUUCUCCUUUUUCUACCCUUUCUUGAGAUUCAUGACAAAACGGAAAGGACAAAACGGCGCAAAAAAUGAAUCUCUUUGAGGACUUUUUUACCUUUUUUCAAAGUAAAUGUUUGAAGCUGAAAAAGCUCUGUAAAUUAAAGAAAACGUCUCAGAAUAUCAGUAAUCGCUUUGGAAAAAACUGGAAUAUUUUUGAAAUUUUCAAAAUGCCUCUAUUAUGCCGUGUUCAAAGUGAUUCCGCGAAAUGCAAAAUAGCCGUCAGAGAAAGAGAGCAUUUUGCAUUACUCUGAACACGGCAUUAAAACGUUCUUCGAAGAAAAGAAAAAAAAUUCCGAAAACCCAGUAGGUUCCGCGAUUGAUAAUCACUCCCUAGUGGAACCACGUUUAUUGCUGUUUAAAACAGAAGUUGAUCAAAAUCAUGAUUUCUUUGUGGAAUAAAAAGAAAAGAGUUUCAGGCGCGACGUCCGCCGACGAGCAGCUUCAGGUACGAGUUGCGACGGAGCGCCGAGACGACGAGAAGCACAGUUCCCUCGUCGAACUUUGAGCGUCCCUUGUAACUCAAUCGAUUGCGCCGUUUAUUACACACCUCACCCACAUCUUUUUUCACUGCCUCCCUUUUCUUGAAUGUCACCUUUUUUUUUUCUUCCGCUUCGAAUAAAUUAAUUCUGUACUCUUUUACGGAAAUUCUUCAGAUGGGCAAACUCACCGCUGUAUGGACGCUGUUGUUGUGCAUAUCGGCGGGUUUCGGGCAGAAAAUUCCAAGUAACAGCCCUGAGAUGGACGUCUGAAGUCUCGGGUUUGUAGAAUUCGACGUCUCCGACCAAGAACUGCUCGAGAUGGCGCGGCUCCUCAGAGAUGUCGACGACAACAAGGCCCGCAGAGGGCAGGUCGUCCUUGACUAUCAACAGCACACCAACACUCGCGACAGCUCCGAUAAUGCUCGAAAUAGGUUCACUCUCAUCAGCGGCGAGAAUUUCCUCAACUAGUUUCAGGCUUUUUUCUACGGUAGACUCUUCCCUGCUGCGGAAGCCGACCUACGAGUUGCUCUUGAAAAUGAUGGACAACUACAGCCGUCAGACCGGGAUAAUCGAACCCCGUGUCUCCCUUCAGGAGGUCUUUUUCUCAGCUAACCCCGACCUGAAAAAAAAGAAGUUCCAGAGUGGUCACUAUAGGGGUCAGGUGGAAAAACAGUCUCUAUAGGGACCGAAAAAGUGUUCACUAUAGGAGUAAAAUCGAGAUGGUGCCUAUAGGAAUUUAGAGUCUCUCCCCAUAGCCUCUAGCUUAAGUGGCCCUGUAGAGGCUAAAGGUAAAAACAGCCCCUAAAGGGACCGAAAAAGUGGUCCUUAUGGGGGUUUAGAGUCUGAUCCCUUAGCGCCAAAACCUUAAAAGGUCCCUCUAGGGGUCAGGGAAAAAAAAAGCUUUUAAAGGGGCCAAAAAAGUGCUCCUUAUAGGAGUAAAAUCGGAGUGGUCCCUAUAGGGGUUUAUAGUCUGCCUCCUUGGCCUCUAACGCUCAAGUGGACCCUAUAGGGGUCUUUCAAUUUCAUUCAAAAAACGAUCAUUUAGUUUUUCGCAUGGGAACGUUCGUCGCAUAGAGUUCAUAACAAAUGUCGACUAGCAUGUCGCCUAUAGUGACCACUUUCGCAAGCUUUAGUGGCCCCUAUAUAGGCUAGUAAAAAGGUCCCCAUAGAAGACCCUCUAAGGGUCCUUAUAGGAAUCACUCUGGAGAUCCUAGAAAGGGUUGCGUUUUUUCGUUUCGGUUUUUCGAAUUCCACUCUAUCCAGUAAAUAUAUUUAUAUUCUCUUCAUAGGAAAAAGCCGAAGUCGGAGAGUUUUUGACAGUCGCUCUGAACACGCGGCCGUUCGUGGAGCUUUUCGAGUUUUUCAAAAGAAAAGGUUCGAUAGCCCUUUUCAAACCAGUCAAAUUUGGUGGUAGGACAUCCGAUCGCCACAAACGCCAACACAUUCCGAUUUUGGAUCGGCCAGCUAUGGUUUUCCCACUAUUCGAGAGCCCUGGGAAAAGCCGACACUUCUGGCUUCGAGCACGUUUUCUUAGGCGAAGUAGGAAGUUGACGUUUGGAAGUUCUGACCAGGGAUGAUUAGGCUAAAAACGGAGAAGUGUCGGGCAUGCACAACUGGGUGAGGUUCUACGCCCUGGAACGAAAUGCCAGCGAGGGAUUCGACUAUAAGGGCUUCAUAGUCAAGCGAUUUGUUAGUACUGAUCCUGACGUAUUCCAGAAAUUCUUUCAGAACGUUAUGGCAGCGGUGAAAUUCCAAUGGAAAGAGGAGCUGAAGAAGUCGGGUUCCUUGCUCAUUGGCACGUCUCCGGAAUUCGACUUGGCUCUUUACACCAUGUGUUUCCUUUCACGGCGUGGUCGCGAAACAUGCAAUGUUUGCUUUUUUUUUAUUUAUAAUUUUUUUUGGGGGAAUAACUAGCAAAAUUUUUUAGUGGCCACUGUAGAGGCUCGCCAAGGACUACUUGGAGAGGACACUAAAGUGGUCACUGAACUUACCUCUAUAGUGGCCACUAUUUUCCGUUUUAGUGGCCAGUUUUUCAUCGAGAAUCUUUCCAGUAACUCUGAUAAUUUUGAAACAAACAGAUUGGACCAGUUAUGAGGAUCCAUUGACCCCUAAAGUGGUCACUAAAACUGUUAUUGGUCUAGUAGUAGCACUUAGACCUCCAAAGUGGCCACUAAUUUGUCUACUUCAGUGGCCACUAAAAAUUUUCCCAGAAUCUGUGAUAAAAUCGUUAAGGUGGAAGUCGACGGCUGCCCGCUCUCUAUCACCAGCUUUGAGUUGUACCAGCGAGACAAGGUCAGAAUUCCAAAAAAAAAAAAUGGAAUCAUCAGUUUGGGCAUUGGUAACGCGAAACGGACGUGCCCCGGACGUUCUAGGGAUCACUCAAGAGGGCUGAAACUACUAAAGUGGACACUAGAAAUGCCCCGAAAUUCGCGUCAUUGUCGCGUUACUAAUGUCCGAGAAAGAAAAUUGCGUCCAAGCAUUUCUUUUUAAAUAGCGCUUCUUUAAACAUAGGCAGGGUGGGAAUGGAUGGAAAAAGGCUCAAUAGAAGGUCCUUUUACGGUGGCUAAGGGUCUUUUUUGCUGUCAUUUUGCGGCACUUCAUCGACCCUUAUGCACCAUUUUUGCUGUCUCUCCUUUUUCCACCAUUUUUUGAGCGUUUAAAAUUAAAGGAAAUAUGGAAGGCUCGAUAUAGGGAUUCUUUUUUUCGGCCCUUUUUGCGGCCUUUUUUUGAGCCUUUCUCUUUUACUUUGCCCGAGAAGAAAAAAUAAAUAGAGAAGCAGACAUUUUUGAUCCAAAAAUAAUUAUAUUGAAAACCCUUCUUCCUUGAAAUUCUCCCAGAGACGGCUCUCUCCGUUUUUGAAUCCAAUUAUUUGUACUAAUUUGCGUUUAGAAGGCGCUCUGCUAUGCAUAAUAUCUUAUUGCCUUUGAAAAUAUAAUUUAUUUUCCGAGAAGCCUCGCCCCUACAAGACAAGUGUCUCUCACAUAGCUUUUUAGGUUUACAUCGGAACAAUUUUCCCAUCAGCCGGAAGGAUCACGGAAGAAUGUCGUCGCAAGAACAGCUGA